UAAUGACAAAUAUAUGACACGACGUGAAAUUUAAAGUCUGUAUGUUUUGGGACUAUCCUUGUUUUGAAGGUGUUUUAACGAAAAUUUUAAUGUUAGUUUAAAAAUUCUUUGUUUUUUGGAUUCAAAAAUGCUGCUUUAUUUAUGAGAAUUUUAGAAAUAAAUUUCUCUUGCUAACUUUAUAAGUUCAGAGACGAGCUGACAAUAGAAUGUCCCUUAAGGAGGAUAGAAGAAUAAGUAGAAGAAAAUUUAAAAAUAUAACCUAAAAUCAAAUUUGAAUUAUGAAAUAUCAAAUACGAGGAUGUUGUUUGAAGUGGAUGAUACAGUAUUUACAAAAGAAGUAGCCUAUGAUUAUGCUUCAAUAGACUCUAUUCCAGUAAUAGAAGCUUCCGAUUUAUCUUACGGAUCAUUUUUUAAUGACUUUAUGUUACUUAAUUUACCUUGUAUAAUUAAAGGUAUCACCAGGAAUUGGCAAUGUUUAAAAUGUUGGAUAACCGAAAAUAAUGCCCUAAAUUUUGAAUAUUUUGAGGAACAUUAUGGAAUGGACAUGGUGCAAGUUUAUAAUUGCCAGGAAAGGUUUUAUAAUACCCAGAAAAGUUACAGCUGUUGUUUUAGAGAUUAUCUAAAUAACCUUAAAGACAAGCCAAAUGUGUUAAUAAAUACCUCUUACGAAUAUGUAAAAAAUUGGCACUUACAACUUAAUCAUCCUGAAGAGAGAUUUUAUGAAGUCCCUAUUUACUUCGCCUCAGAUUGGUUGAAUGAGUAUUAUGUUAAUUGUUUAGAUGAUGAUUAUCGAUUUGUUUAUAUGGGUCCAAAUGGAACAUGGACACCAUUCCAUGUUGAUGUAUUCUCUUCAUACAGUUGGUCAGCAAAUAUUUUUGGUAAAAAAAGAUGGAUAAUUUUUCCUCCUGGAAGUGAAGAAAUAUUAAGAAACUCUUUUGGAGAUCUUCCAUAUGAUGUAGAAGCAAAAGAAAGUGUUUCAUUUAGAAGUAGUCAAGCAAGUACCAAGAGUAAAAAAUGCAUAGAAGUGAUUCAAAAUCCAGGUGAAGCUAUUUUUAUACCAUCUGGAUGGUAUCACCAAGUUCAUAACGUAACUUAUGCUAUUUCUGUGAACCACAAUUGGGUGAAUGGUUGUAAUAUUAGCAUGAUGUAUGACUCCUUACUUAGAGCAUUAAGUGAAGUGAAGGAAGAGAUUAAAGAUUGUAAAGGAGUGGAUGAUUUUGAGGAACAUUGUCAGCUGAUGCUGAAUGCUCAUUUUGGAAUGAACUUGGAAGUAUUCUAUAAGUUUUUGAUGUAUAUUGCUACAAAACGAAUGGAAAUGCUUCAGGGACUCUGUCCAAAGACUUUAUUUCACGGGAAUGAAAUCGGUUCAAAUCACAUUCUAUUUGAUUUAGAAUCUUUGAAAAAUGUGUUAGAAAAAUUUAUAACUUGUAACGAAAUUAAAGUAUUGGAUUUCUUUUCAACUGUGACUCCUCGGCCUCACGAUUUAUUUGAUGAAGUAUCACUUAUUUUAGAAAUACAUUCUAUAUUCACAGACCUUGGAUCGAAAUAAAACUUAAAACAAUCGAUCCUUUAGUUUUGUGUCCGUCCAGGAUUAGUGCGGCCAAAACUGUAAUAGAUACAGGAAUACUGAUUAUGGAUUAUGAUUCAGACUAAAAGUUAUGUGGAGGAAAAUUAUGAAAUCAGAAGUUUUUGUAUCUGAUUCCAAAGAAAUUAGGAUUAGAGUAAUUAUUAUAGUAAUUUAUCAUCCCUUUUGAGUUUCUAUUAUGACACAUCAACGAAUCCUCCAAUAUAAUUUUUAAAUACCGCUUUUGAAUAAUCCUAUGUUACCCACCUUGCUAAAAUUUUCACCAAUGCCUAUGUGUGAGCAUCUUUGUUAUUUUAUGGAUAUAAUAACAAAAAUUAUGCAAAUUCAUCUAAAUUUUCUUUUAUUUAUUAACAAUUUAAUUGACAAAUGGCUGAUUUCUAGAAUUUUUGUCUGUAAAGUAAAAC